CUUGGAGGCGGGGACUUGCGGAAGGAAUUUCUGUCUGCAUCUUCCUCGUCUUCUCCGAGCCGUAGUGUUAUAACAUCCUGACUUCCCCGUCCCCCACGUUUCGGCCGCCACGCAGACACUCUCUCGGGCCCCCAGGGCCUUUAUACCGCCUGAACAUUCACUUUUUCUAGAACCUGCUUUCCUUAUCUCCUUUCCCUGGCCUGAUAAAUCCGGUGCAUCCUGUGGGUCUCAGCUACAAGUACACCAUAGUUGAAGAAAAAUGAUGGAAGAGAGUGGAAUAGAGACAACACCCCCUGGAACUCCUCCACCGAAUCCUUCGGAACUUGCUGCUGCUACUGCCGCAGUGUCUUCCACCCCAGCUCCUCUGGCUGCAACCAGUUCUUCCUCUUCUCCAGAUGUGUCUCCCAUGCAGCCCUUGCCACCCCACGCAUACUCUACCCCUCAGCCGUCCCUUCCUCCUGUGAGGCCUUCGGCCUCGUUGCCUUUUGUGCCUCCCUCACCAGUCCCUUCUGCCCCACCACUUGUUACUUCUAUGCCAACUCCUGUUUCUCCACCCUCUGCUGCUGCCUUCAGUAAUCCGCCUGUGUCCCACUUCCCACCUUCACCUUCUUCCCCGAGUACUGUUCUGUCUGCUCCGCCUUCGGGUCCUCCUACAUCAGGAUUUGCUGUUGGUUCGCCUUAUGACAUUACAAGGGGCCAUGCAGGAAGAGCUCCCCAGACACCCCUGAUGCCAUCGUUUUCUGCACCUCCAGUAACAGGUAUUUUGCCAACUCCCAUUACUCAGCAAGCCAGUCUGACAUCUCUGGCCCAGGGAACUGGAACCACAUCAGCCAUUACUUUUCCAGAGGAACAGGAAGAUCCUAGAAUUGUUAGCGGUCAGGAUGAAGCAUCUGCUGGUGGACUCUGGGGUUUUAUUAAGGGUGUGGCUGGAAAUCCUGUGGUGAAAUCUGUGCUUGAUAAAACAAAACAUUCCGUAGAAAGCAUGAUUACAACGCUGGACCCUGGCAUGGCUCCGUAUAUCAAAUCUGGAGGUGAACUGGAUAUUAUAGUGACUUCGAAUAAAGAAGUAAAAGUUGCUGCUGUCCGAGACGCCUUCCAGGAGGUCUUUGGUUUAGCUGUGGUUAUGGGGGAAGCCAUUCAGGCCAACAUUGCCCCACAACCAGUGGGCUAUGCAGCUGGAUUAAAAGGUGCCCAGGAACGGAUAGAUAUCUUGCGUAGAAAUGGAGUGAUCCAUGAAAAACAGAUUGCUGUGUCAGUAGAAAACUUCAUUGCAGAAUUGCUACCUGAAAAAUGGUUUGACGUGGGUUGUUUGAUAGUUGAAGAUCCUGUCCAUGGCAUUCAUCUAGAAACAUUUACACAAGCUACACCAGUGCCUUCGGAAUUCGUACAACAGGCUCAAAGUCUAACUCCCGAGGACUACAAUCUGAGGUGGUCAGGCCUUUUGGUGACAGUGGGCGAAGUCCUGGAAAAGAGUUUACCAAAUGUCAGCAGGACUGAUUGGCACUUGACUUUCACAGGCAUGUCGCGUCGACAGAUGAUAUACAGUGCAGCCAAAGCAAUAGCGGGCAUGUAUAAACUGCGCCUGCCGCCCAGGACCAUGUGAGAGGACACUUACCUAGGGGACUGAGCCGUCCUCACCUCAAGCCUGGUAGGAAAGCAGAGAUCGUCCCUUCUGAACCUGGACAGCUUCAGUGAUCUAGCAGUUUCCAUAAUUUUCCUGUAGGCUAGAAAGGCAUGGGGUCGUGCCAGCUGAUGAGAAGAAACAGACCCUUUUUGUCAUGCCUGUGUAAUUUCAUGUACCAUAGUUCUCCAAAAAGAAAAUAUAUAAAUAUUUUUAUAAGACAAUUUGAUAUACCAAAUUCAUACUGUGCAAAUUCAUAUGCUGAGACAUUUAACUUAAUGAUGUGUACAUUAUUUUGUUUUUUAUGAAGACAGUUAAUUGAAGAACACGUUUAUUGGAUAUUCUUUAAAAGCAUUGUUUCUUUUAACUCAUGAUUAACCUCUUCCUGUCUGAGGCUUCUGUGUGUGCAUGUGAUCGCAGGCCUGAUGCUGAACACUGCGCUCAGCGGGUUAGCCUGACGCCAACUUGUGCACAUUUGUGUGCACAUUUUUAACAUGGGCCGAAAUAACAGAAUUGAUCGCUUUUGUUUUGGUUAUGUACACACACAGUCUGAAUAAUUCUACUUUUUUCUUUUUUUAAAAAGUUUUGGCAUUUUAUAGAUUUAUGCUUUGAACACUAGGGUAACGCAUUUUAUUUUCUCAUUGCUCUAUGACAACUAAGUAGCAGAUGAUUCAAGCAUAUUUUAAAUCAGAAACAUUUGGGUCAAUUUUGAAUAAUGCUAUUCAGUACUUCCCACUAAACUGACAAUAGCCAUUAUUUCUGCUUCCACUUCUGUUUUCCCACUGUAAUGGAGAAAUUUUUGAGAGGAAAUUACUUUGUUGUUUAUGGGAUUGUAUGCCUAUUUUCAUUAAGGUUAUUCUUACUAAGUUUGCCUUAAACACUGCUUUUCUAACUGCCAUUCUGCCUUUACUUUUUAUGGAAGUUUUCAAAGAAACUCUUUUUGUAUUCAAUCUGGUUUACUUUGUCCAUUAUGUUGGUAUUUAGUGAAAACUUCUGUUUCUUCCAAAUAAUAUAUUUUACCAUUUGGGGAUUUAAAUAAAUCAAAAUUAAAUAGUUUGUCUUACACUUUUGAACUUGAUGUAUGCAAGUUCAGGUAAUUUUUCAAAGAUAGUUUCGUAUAUAAAUGCAAUUUAAUUUUUAUUUACUCUUCUGUGCAGUUCUGCAAAUGUAAAAGAAUAAGCACAAUCUUAUAAAGGGUGUUGAGGCUCUUAUCCUGUGCUGUCAUUACAUAUAAUGUUUGCUUUGUAUUAUUUCAAAUACUUAUUUGAUUCUUGCUGUUUUUUACCCGGGGAUGAGAUGAGUAAGUAUUAAAUUUUGCAGCUAUGGUGUAUGUUAAUUUCCAAGCACUGUAUAAUGAUUGUUCAGUGAAAUUCAGACUUCUGUGUCAUUAAAAGUAAUGAGAGAGAAAUGUAACCAGUUGUUGUGGCGUAACAGGGACAGAAUACUUCUUCCCCUCUUCAUUGGUGUUUAUAGAACAGUUCGUCUGUGUGUGCUCCAUCUUUAAAGAAAAAGAAAAGCCUCUCUCUCCUGUUUGCGUUUAUCCUUUAUUUUCAAAAGCUACCCUUUUCUAACAGGAUUUUAUCAUGGCCUCGUAACUAAUCACAGGGAUGAAGGAAGGUAGUCCCAUAACUUAAAAUAUUUGUGCUACUUUCUCUCCUGUUAUAGGGAAAUUUUACAGAUCUUAAAAAGCCUAAGUUUUCGUUCUGUUUUUAUUUUACCAAGUCUGAAAUAUUUGAUGUGUUCGAGGGUUGUUUUCAUAGAACCGCAAACACUGACAUCCCAUUAGAUGACUAUUUUCCUAGAAUCCUCAAAUAGCAGCGGCAGAGUUGUUCUGUGGCUUGGUUGAAGCCAGAUAACCCUGCACCUGGUAAUUGGGUGAGCCUUUGGUCUUUGGAACAAUGUGAGUGAGUGAGGAGGAGGAUGAGGGAAGGGCAGAUGGAAAAGAGAAAUACGUGAUCUGGUUCUGGCCAUUUCUGAUUAUUUGGCCAGAGUUGUCUUUGAAAGGCCUCAGAGCGUGGCUGACUCCAUACGCUCAGCUUUCCCAACUUCUUGUUUUAUUUUCUUAUCCUUAGAUUUCGGUGUUGUACGAGGAGCAAGAAAAGCGACUCAUCAUCUCACACCCCACAGCAUUGUUAGCCUGGCAGUCUGCUAGUGUUGGCAUUUUGUCAUAAGAUGCUGAUCAACAAUCGAAGCCCAAGGUUCCUUUUACCAGUUGUCCACCUGCCCCUGUUCUUUUCUUGCUCAUUUCAUUAUAACCCACACUAGCAUUUUUCAGUGAGAGCUGGACUGAGGCCUAUUUGCGUUUUUCUCCCUUAAGCUUCUUAGGAAAAUGUACACAGUGCUUCACCACUGUGUUGUUUUGGUCAUGUUUGUGAUAUAUUUUUUUUUCUUUUUCUGAAGUGCUCCAAGGAACUACUUAAUGAAUUUUAUAAGCUUGCGCACGUCUUUAUUUUAAUUUAGUGUGAAAGAAAACAGGAAAAAAUGCAGGAAGAGUAAUUUAAUAUCAACCUCAGUUCAAGAUCCUGUUAUUAAGUUUAUCAGGUAACUCUGGACCUAGAACUGUGCCUCAAACUUCUGGAGUUGGAAAGCUUUAGGUAAUACUAGUUUUUGCUUCUGAUCUCUUAUCAUUAUUACUUCCCAACCUUUGUCCCUUUCUCUCAAGGAUUAAUGAGGUAGGAAAUUGAGAUGAAUAUAGACAAAAUGGUAGUAUGACAGGAAGUAUAAGUACGUAAGAGUACAGAUGAAUGUGUAUUAUGUACAUCUAUUCAAAAAUUAUGCAAAUUAGUGAUAUACUCAGGGUCAACUAAAUUACUUUCAUAUGUUGUUGGGUUUACUUUGUUCCUUGGCUAAAUAAAAUUCUUAACAGGAAUUUGUGUUUUGUGAAGCCAAACUGAUAAAAUCUAAAGGAUGUUGGGUUAUGCAUAAAUUACUAAACUUCGAUUUUUACUCCCAGAAUCUGGUUUUCAUUUUUAACGUACUAUGCAGGAUGAUGUAUUGGAUAAAACCAACUUUGUAAAUAUGUAAAUAUAAAUAAAUAAUAUCUCGAUUUAUUUCCCAGA